AACAGGCUCACACCUCAAACCCCGAUUGUCACAAUAACAUGCUCAUGUCGCUGAUGUGAAGUUGAACUUUACAGAAGUAUCAACUUCGACCAAAGAGUAGAAAAGGAAGUAAAGUCGUUUAUCCAGGUAAGAUAACUUAGUCACACGGUAAUAUAGCGGAAUUAAAGAAUUAUUUGUAAAAUUAUUGCAUACAAAAUUAUAGCAUAGAGAAUUCCUGAAGAAUUUUAACUCGUUGUUUAUUACACGCAGAUGUAUUCUCUGAUUGUUUUAACACAGCUUAGUCGCCUUUGAGUCAUCUCAAAUAACGACCUUCGCCUUAAAUGAAACAAAAGCUCUAUGUCGUUUGGUUAAAUGGCCAAACAGUUCCAAUACAGGAGCAGCGAUUAAAGAGCAGCCAUUUUGUUUAUAGCAAAUGAAGCAUAACAAGCAAGGUUUAGUUUAAAAAGAUUCGCAAACACUUUUUUUUUUCUAUAAACUUUUAUAGGAAUUGACGAAUCAGAUGUCGAAGAUUUUUAAAUUAGUUUUUUGGUUCGUUUAUUAACUAAUUUUUUCAGGUGUUGGUUAAAAUGUGAGACACGUAUCUUUUUCCACACUUCAACAACAGGACCAAACAGGAUGGAACCUCACAGACAGGUCAGAAAUAAUCAGUGUCCAUUAGUCUUGUGCUCAGGCCUUUCCUAAGACUUAUGAUAACAUUUACAGCUAGCUUGCUCGCUCCAAUUGAUUGAUUUUGUAAAUUGUAUCAGUCCAUUCCAAUGACGUCAGUUUUACAACGCAGUCUUUGUUUUCUUUUAUUUGUUAUGGUAAACAGAAAAUGCUGGAACCUGAUGAUUUGUCAAGCUGUGAUUUUCUAAGUUUUGCCAAAAGCAAUUUUCAAAAUGGAGAAAUAUGCCAGUUCUCAAGAGUACCUCUUACGUCAUCUCUUUUACACUGCAACAAUAUCGAUGACAGGAAGGUAACAAUUUCUACUUGUAAUGCAUAUCAAUCACUUGUACCAUUUUGAUCUAAUCGAUCAUUAGGCAGAAUAUAAAUGUGUUAAAAUAACGAUAGCGAUUCCAUUUUAAAAUGGCACCCAGUAGAUAUCACAGUUGUGACCGUGAGAUACGUUUCUAGCCCGAGGAGUAAACUGGUUGAGUUGCGUGCAGUUAUCAGAAUUUUCUGGAAUUAAUUAAAUGACUUCGGCUCGAAUGUAAGAAAUGGUAGUAUGAAAUUCCACAGCUGGUCAACACAUUUCGGAAGAUUUUGCUGCAGUCAGGAUAUUAAAACUAAAUCAAUCAAAUGAAAAUUAAGGUCACAUAUAUAAGUGAUAAAACUGGAUAUUUUCACAUAAUCUUUUCGUUUAUCCAUGAUUUAUUUGAUGACAUACUAUUAUUUCCUGUUUACUUUAAAGGCGUCCUGUGCAAUUUCUGUCGCCAUAUUGCGAUUCAUGAGGGAUAUGGGAGAACCAAAAUUCGACGAAGAAGACAUUAUGGUAUUUAUUUGUCGCGAAUUAAAGCUUGCUUGUUGCUGUAAUGCACAUUUUAUUUCUUUCGUACCGUAUCACAAUACUCCCUUAUAAAGUAGCAGUAAAAUAAUAUGCAGAAAAGAAAUACUUCAUGUUUUUUUAAAGGUUUCAGAAGUAAAAGAGACGCCACAGCCAAUUGACAAAGCCUAUGCAUCAGGAACCACGUUCAAGAGGAAGGUUGUCUCUGAGAAGGUGAAAAGGAGCAAGCACUCAGUUAUGCCAAGAGAAUAUAAACAGUUUAUAAUCUCUUGGUUAUACUUCACCAGGGAAAGGACUCUAUACUCCCCAUUAUCUUAAUUUGUUUUGUUGAAACCCUCUGCUUCCCACUCAAUGUACCAAUAUGAUUGACAGAAUGGCAAUGGAUUGUUUUCAACGGGUGUGAAGGGGAUUGUUCCCGACACCCACAGAAAUCAUUGAUUGUUACCUUUUUUUAAGUCGACAAACUUCGAAAAAGCUAGCGAUGGCUGGAGAACUUGUUACAAUAAAUGUGCUUAACUACCAUCGAACAAGCUUGGUCAAUAAAGGAUUGGUUGCAAUAGUUUCUAAAGAAUUGCAAGCUACGUAUUCAUUCAAAAAACUUGUAGUGGCUGAGUGCGACCUGUUAUGUUUCCCAAUAGCUACUCAUUGCCUUGUCCGAUUUUUUAAGUUUUUCGAUCUGGAUUUAUUCUUAAGAUCAUGUUGAUACAUAUUUUUUAGACCCAACAGAUGUCUUUUACAUCUCACGACAUUCCACCUUUAAUCAUGAUGAAUCGUCCCACAACAAACGUUGAGAAAAUACAGUUUAUCACCAGCUUUGGAAUACGUAGACAGACUUUUUGGAAGGCGUUUUACGUAGACAGUCUUUUUGUUUAUUUUUAAGAAAAUUCCAGCUCAAUCGAUGGUCACGACAACAUUCAGAGCUGAAAAACUAAAAGGAAACUAUUUUACUUUAAUUUUUUUUUUUUUUUUUGUGUAGACUUUCGGUUUAUCCCCAGAAAGAAAGGAAAGCAAGAAAGACGAAAAUCUGUUUUCGCUUUUUGCUGCUUGUCAUCCUUAUCAUUUUAAUCUAAUUACAGGGAUGAAAUCUACUGCCAAAUUUGCCGCCAACUAGUAAACAAUGGUUCUCCAACAAGCUAUACCCGAGGAUGGAUUCUAUUGGCCCUUUGUGUUGGCGUUUUCCCGCCUUCGGAUGAGGUGCUGUCUUGACACUGUAAUCGCUUUUUCUGUAUUUUCCUCCGCUUGCUGCAAACUAAAUUAAUCAUUUUUUCGUUGUUAGCUGCUGAAUUACCUCAGAAACUUUCUAAAACAAGGCCCCGGUAAAUUUGGAGAAUAUUGCUACUCGAUUCUUCAGAGAACUCUUGAAAUAGGUUCAAGAACACAGCCUUCUACAAUUGUUGAAUUGGAGGUGAGUGAUCAAGACGGUGAAUUCCUUUCCGUUUUUAUUGUUUUACUGCAUGGCUCGUAAUGUAUCGCAAUAUUUUGUGGACACCCCUAUCAAAUGAACACUCCAAGAAAAUUACCUUUGAAUUUUUCGUAUUUAAGGAUAUCUUAAACGAUUAACAGAUUUGUUCAGUUUAUUAAAAUGUCAUUUACAAGUUAGCAGAAGGGUAAUGGUCGGUUUAGUAUGUUUAACCUCUUGGGAGUGUCCGCUAAAUGAAAGUUUCACCACUUUCAUAUCUGCCGAGAUUUUAUAACCUCCUGCAGCCUAAAUACAUUCCAACCUGUGGGCUAUGGUGACACACCGAAACUAAUGGAUUAGUUCCUAAGAUGUGGAAGUUUACGGAAUGUCGGUAUCUAAUUCACAGGCCGUCAAAUCGCAGUCAUCCCUUACUCUGCCAGUAAUAUUCAUGGAUGGAACAAGGAAGGUAUUUGAAGUGGAUCCUGCCACAACUUGCGCUGAACUGUGCCAGCUUAUCAAAGAGGAACUGGGGCUGAAGGACAUCUUUGGAUUUUCCGUUUUCAUUGAAGCAUUGAAUCAGGUUAGACGCCGUAACGAGGCUUCUUAACUGUGGCCUUCACAUUUCUUCACAGUUUUAGGUUCGCCGGGUAUCGUAGAUUAGACCAGUGCUAAGAAGUUUUUGGUAAAAACGAGACAUCUUAAACACUGUAAAUUAAAUUGAUCAAGUCAUUUGUGUUUAAGGCAAGGUUUAAGGUAAGGUUAUGACGUGGGUAGAAUCCUGAAAGGCGUCUUUUUUCCAAGAAUGUCCACGGACAUCAUUUGUUCUUCUGCCCGCUCAGUAGUCACCAUCACGCCUGACACUCAGUGUCGCAAGCGGGAAUCACGCUUCGUCGCUCAAAAAACCAAAAGAAACAGAACAAAACAAAACAAAACGGCUGUAGACAGAUUGACGAGGUCUACGAUCAAAUGCUAUUGGGACCUGAUCGAAAGUGUAAACGUAGUUCAUCACCGUUGAUUGUUAUUUUUUGUCGCAGGUUGCUAACUGGGGCUGUGGAAAUGAGAGUGUUUUAGAUGCCGUCUCCUUAGCUGAGCAGUAUGCAUGCUCUAAGACUCUAAAUGAGUCUGGUGCUUGGCACUUAUUCUUUCGAAAAGAUUUAUUUGCACCCACGGAAAAUAUCAGCAUUGACAAAGUGGCCACUAAUCUGAUCUACCAUCAGAUUGUCGGAGGGAUCCGUGCUGAGGAGUACAUCUGUGAGGUAAGAACCAAACGGGAAAAGGAUGUCCGAGUACUCAUUGCUGAUAUGAACAUAAUCCGAAUCCCUCCUUUUCUUUUUUGGCUGAGGCUUUCCCAGAUGUUUUCGAAACGGUUUUUUUGUUCUAUUUAUUACGAGGAGGAGGUUACCCAUCGCCGGUCGUCAACCCUACUAUUCCGCUCGUAUGCGGCGCAGGUUCACGUCAAAUAUAUUUUUCUCCAGAGAGGACAUCCGCCACAAUGCCCCUACGGCAGCACAACUCGUACGAACGACAAACCGUUUUGAGAUAGCUGGUGAAUUGUAGGGCCGAUCUUAUUUCAUUCUUAAUUGCAGCAACAGGAAAUGAUUAAAAUUGUGGCUAAACGGUACUAUAUAGAGAAUGGUCCCGAAUUACAAGAAAACUUACUCCGUGAGGUUAUCCAAGCUUCUUUUCCGCCAUUUGUACUUGCUAACAGUUCAGAGGACGAACUUGUCAGUAACGUCAAGUCAGCUUUUUAUGCGGUAAGUUUCCUGUUCACAAUACAUGUGUGUUCUUGUAGAUUGAUUUGGAGUUCAAUCGUGAGCAUUACUUUGAAGACGAGGAUUGUAAAUUUAAUGGAAACGGAUGAAGAAGAAGAAAAAGAAGAAGAAAGGUUUUCAGGGGAAAAGGUUUCAAAGAUUAUUGUGGCUAUUUUACGGUUACUAUAAAUGGGCCUUGAAAUCUGAUUGGUUGUUUCGAUUUAGUGCUGCUUUCUUAUUGGCUGGGAAAAGGAUGCGAUUUAGAGCAAUUAAAAUUAGAUCCGAUUCGUUUGUAAAUCACACUGAUAAGAUUGCAAGGAUUGCCAAUGAUUUCAAAAUGGAUAUAAUAAAAGAUAACAUUAUCGUUUAAAGUUCAUAAAACGAAGAAUGUUGUAGGGAAAGGGAAAGUAAUUUUAGAUGUAAUGGUGGAUAUUGUGAUAAACAUAAAAAUUCAAAAUAAAAAUUUCUCUUUAUUUUUAUCGUUGUGAAGAGUUCCCGCGUUCAAGAGAGAUCUAAUGUAGAGGUUGUGCAACAAGACAUCGUACGUUAUGCAGCCAGCAAUUGGUUCAGAGAUUUCUCAAGAAUUUUCGAUGGAUUUGUGUCAUCGGGGCCAAAACUUCCAAAAGUCGCCGUCAAAAUCGCCUUCAAUUCAAAAAGAUUUCAAGUUUUGUCAUCUGAAACUCCUGACAGUCCUCCCUUACUUAGUAUGGGAUACUCUCAAAUCAAGAAAGCGACCAGUGUAAGGUCUGUAGAAUGCUUAGUGGAUUCAGAAGGGAUCUCUUUGUUACACACAUUGAGAUUCAGCACUUAUUACGUACAGAAGUCUUAUGCUUUAACAUGAGAGCUCAAACCCUCCGCUAUUACUAUUUAGAAAAGGAAAAGUCCUUUUAAAUGAGAUCCUUGAUAUGAAAACACCUUGCAUUAAUUUUUGCUAGAAAAAGUUAAAUUUAAGCAAACCAAAAUUCGAAACUUUGGCAUUUUGGAUUAUUCUGUUGAACUAGGUUUUAAUUACAGGACAACUUUUAUGUAAGGUUGUUCCAGUAGCUGGCUAGUUUGUCGUUUAGCAGGGUUGAGACUUCAAUUGGUUUCGAAUUAUCGCCAAAAUGCUUAGGAUCUCGAUUUGUCGGCGUUGGGGUGUGAAAAGUUGGACAGUUGACUGUUUGACCAGCUGUCUGACUGACCGAAGAAACAACUGUCUAAUAGACUUACUGACUGACUAACUGUCUGAAUGACUGUCUGACUAACGUAUGCCAAACAGCUGGAAAAGGUUACAUGUACAUGAAAAUGUUGCUUUCUCAAUAAUAAACUAUUGGAUGACUCACGUUAACUUUUUGUUUUGUAUUCAGGAAAGGAAUGUAUCUGGAUCCCCUUUUGGUCCUGAACACAAUUCGUUCCCAGACCUUCUCUUUCAGGAGUGUGCAAGCUGAUACAAUGAAUAACCUCAUCAAUCAUUUCUUGCUAUAUUUUAAAACUCCAAGUUCCGCUGGCGGAGAUGACUAAUUAUCUGACUGGAUCAUAUCACAGCCGAUCGUCACGUCAUUCCGUCUAUGGUUACCAGUUACUGAUCUGCAUCAUGCAGUGCUAUACUCCAUUGUUUGCUGCCAGGAUGUAAUCGGAUACAGGACAAUUAGCAAGGAAAUGUAACAAUAUUAUCGCUACGCAAUAAGAUAGAUUCUUAGCGAACGCAUCGCCAUAUUAUUGGAAAACGAAAUUUUAGGAGCUAGACUUUUGUGAUAGUAAACUAAGCAUCUUGAUUUUAUCAAUGGCUGGCACAAUGUAGGAAGACCUUACCGAAGGUGUGCAAUUGUCCUACCUGGGCGUACUGGAGAAAUUAUCUACCACGUCGAGGACGCUGACUCACGUUGUUGCUACAAGAGGAUUUCAUAAGGGGCGGGUUUCUUAGGUUGAAAUCUCUGAAGCAAGGAACUGGAGAUAAUUAGAACGUUUUAUCAAACCUGCGAAUGAUAGGCUAUUAAAUAAGAGUAAAUAUGACAGCUAAGUUUAUUUGGGAGUUUCUAUACCUAAAUCAAAUUGUUUGAAGUACUUUUGAAAGCACUUGUAAAAUUUACAAUAGGGAAAAAACUAACUCCGCAUUGAAACAGGUGGAUACGACAAAAUCCUUUAGGAUUGCAACCAGUAAUUAUUGUAAUGCAGCAUAUUUCCUGUUAGAUUUUUCACCGAGAAAAAGAGAUGUAUUUUUUUUAAAAAAGUGAGAUACCAUUCCAUAUCUAUUGAUAUCUCUACACGGGUCCUCGUAUCAUUUA